AUGCGAAUAUUUGCUUUGGAAAAUACAUUUAUCUACAAGGAUCUCUCUAUGUGUUGUGAAAAAUUAUCACUCACCAAACUCAUAGAUAUGGACAAACUUUAUAAUGAGUUUUGCAGUAUUAAAGAAACUCUGGAUAAAAUUAUUGAGGAGCGUAAGCAAACACAUUCGUCGAAUGAAAAAAAAACUAUUUAUGAAACUUGGCAUGAACUGUUUCGGCAUUUGAAUAUACCUAACUUAUUAAAGAUUUUCCAGUUUAUUGUGUCUAAUCCAUGUUCAAAUGCCGCUGCUGAGAGGGCAUUUUCACUUUGCGGAAACGCCUGGACUGAUUCAAGAAAUAGACUGAGUGUUGAACACUUGAACACGUAA